AUGGAUCCAGAUGUCUUCUGCUCAGGUGUCUACCGGAUUACACCGUCACCAGGAGUCAGCUUCGAUGUGUACUGUGACAUGGAGACGGCUAACGGACCCUGGACGGUGAUACAAAACAGGCAAAAUGGCGAGGAAGAAUUCUUCAGGCCAUGGAAUGACUACAAGAAUGGUUUUGGUAAUCUUCUUGGCAAUUUCUGGCUUGGAAAUGACGCCAUCCACUACAUCACCCUCAAACCUUCCGUCCUCCGCAUUGAAUUGGUCUCAUGGUUAGGUGAUGCCAGGCAUGCGCAGUAUUCUACAUUCAAAGUUGAAAACGAGGCUGACAACUAUAGACUGACUGUAUCCGGAUUCUCUGGUGAUGUCCGGUAUGAUGGUAUGAAUAUACAUAACGGGAUGGCCUUCUCUACUUACGACCGGGACAAUGAUGUAGGCCGUACCAAGAACUGUGCUUCAGUUAAUCAAGGCGGAUGGUGGUAUAAAAGUUGUUAUGAUGCCAAUCUAAACGGAGGAGUAUAUGUUAACGGCCGUGAUAACUUUAAGUCUCUUGUCUGGGAUAACUUCUACCCGGAUGUGAAAUACCCUCACAUGAUGACGACACGAAUGCUAGUGAAACGUCAACCAGCAUAACGGAAAACGAUCAACUCUGUAUUAACUUGUUGACGAGAUAUCGCAAGGUAUACAUUUCCCAUCAAAUUUGACUUUAACAUGUAGUUAUGGACAAGGGCGAAACAGAUAUAAUCUUGGGAGAAACAGACAUAAACAGUAUUUUCUCCUUUGUCUAUAGUAAACAUGAUUGUCAAAUGCAAAGCAUUUUGGAAAUACUACCAUAAAAUUGGCUGAAUCACAUCAAAUAUGAUAUAUGAAAAUAAUGUUGAACUUAAAUGUUAUUUGCUAUUUUUCAAAAGUUAAUAUGAUAUGCAAAGUGUUUUUACAUUACAUUAACCGUGAAUAUGUUAAAUUAAUGUAUUCUGCAAUGGAUACCCUUUGUAGAGCCUAUCUGUUACAUGCUUCUUUACAGUCCGACGCAUUUUGUUACUUGUAAAAAUAUGGUUAUUGACCAUUUUUUUAACAGUGUAGAUGCA